CUUCUCAACUUCAUUCAAACUGAAGUUUUCUUUGCGUUGAUUAAACCUAGAAUCGAUUUAAACGUCAUGUUUGUGUGAGAGCAGAUGAAAUCUACUCGUAUUUAAAACUCAACCAUUGGAAGAUUGCGAACGCAUCCGAAAUUUACGAUCGCAGUACGUAACGGAAAUGCGACAAUAGUUCUUGAAAUAUUUGGUUGCAUUUAUCGAAUAAGAUAUACAGGACAGUGGCACAGUACUGGAGGUCUCUUUCAGGUGUUUUAUGUGACGUAUAAAGCACGCUUUCUUUUGUUUUGGAUCUUGAGCGAUUUACUUCGUAUGUCGUUCUCAGAAAGCAACCGAGAGACUGAAUCAUUUCCGCCGAACGUGCGUUACAAAAAACUAAGUAUGGUCGACGCUUAGCGGUGUGGUUGCCAGAUAGACUGCCUAGGCUUAUAAACAAUCUUUAAGCGAGCACAAAGGCUCUUUAGAAGGGGUCUAACGUGAAAAUGGUGAGCUAUAAUUAACAGUGUCCAGUAACCCGGUAAAACAGUCAAAACGCACUAAAAAUUACAUUGGAACGCUUUGCGCUUUUGGCCUUCAGGCAACGAAACGUCCUUUACGGAGUUCACCUAAACAAAAGCGACGACGCUACGCCAGUUGAACCCAUUUUGGAUAUGUAACUAAUGUUUUCAUGUCUCUUCAUGCAAAUGAAGGCGUCUGAAAAUCCCUUAGGCGUAGAUACCUUGUACGUGAACAUCAAACCCAUAGAAAGAACGACGAAAGCGAAAUUUUCGCUUAUCCUCAUAAAUUGCAAAAGUAUAAUUUUAUGACAGCAGGUUAAAAACGUUACCUCAGCUUUACUUUCGAUUAUGCGUAUAUCAAAUCUAAUACCUGUCACAUUUAUUGUCAGACAGAUGCCGGAAUAAAAGGUCUCAAAUGCUUUGUACACAGAACGUUCUUUCUCUGAGAAAACAAUCAUAAAGUUCAAAGAUUUGUUUUAUUGCGAAAACUGAAAGCGAACGACAAUUUGCCCCCAAGAAAGGAUUAGCUAUGAAAAUGUCGCUGCAGUUGUCGAGCCUCCUUGCCGAAUUUUUCACGCUCAUUAAUAAUGUAAUACCACGGUCGGUCGCACCCAAAUGGUCAAAAAAUAUUGGUAUUGUUGUACGUUGGGUUUUGAUAGGUCCUGACAAGUUACCAGGCGUGCAUACAGCGAGUCAGUUUUUGAUGAAUGUAAAUAAGUUUUUCUCUUCGAUUAUUUGCAUUCAGUCAUCCGUAUUUUUAGAAAAGUUCGACAGACAACCACAAGGGUGGAUUGAAGGAAAUUCAAAUGAGAUUUGUGCGCGCUUUCGGAAAAUUUGUGUCUUUGACAACAAUAAUGUAGACUGGGGCUUCCGUGUGUCGAUUGCGGUAACGACGGUAUGGCCAAGAGAGAGGCGAGUUCACCACGACAAAGAUUGUUUUUAUUGGCGCAACUUAUUUGAAGUUUAUACAGACUACAUCGACUGAAGUAGGGAAAGAUAAUUUGAUGAAAGAAGCCACUACUGCAUCGCUGUCAGUGUUCUCCGAACGAUCUUGUCGCAGCCAUAUGGAACAUGUCUUCCUUCUGGGAAAAAUUGGCACAGCCUCUUCCAGAUCCAUCAAGGCAAGGACGUAACGCUUCUGCCAUCUUUGGGGCCAGCCCAAGUUUCGGACUAUAUCCGGCAGAGACUAAGCCUCAGUUCAGACCAGCCCCACCCAAAAGAGUCCCUGAACCCAAGAAGGUCAAAAGGAGUAAUAGUGAUGUAGCGCUCAGAAAAAGAUCCAAUCCAAGGCGGAAGUCAGGAGAUUUUAGCCAAGUGAGGAAACGCAGUGAAAGUGAGAGUGAAAAUCAUUUGAACGGCGUAACUUGUAACGGAAAAACUGUUUCCACUUCGAUACUGUGUUCUGGAUCAAAAGGGAGUGAUUGCGCCGACACAGUCGCCGAUAGCGUCUGUUCAUUACCCGAACAGUCGCAAGAUCCAAACGAUUUCUCCAACAGGUAUCCGCUGUUUAUUCAAGUCAAUAACGGUUCGCAAACCGCAAGUAAAGCGCGCAUUGUAAAACCCGUUGGCAGGGCAUCAAAUCAAGGUUCUUACAAACAAGACGCUGCUCAAGACAAGCAGUCAGUCCGGCCUAGAAGAAGCGCCAGUUUUUCAGCGCCUAAAAAAACAGCUACUCCAUCCAGACCCUCUCAAUCAAGCCAGCCGGCCCAGGAUACGUUGAAAAACGGAAACCUGCGCCGUGAGAAGAGUGAUAUCGUCAGACCUCGCCGUACGCGAUCGCCAUCUAAUAGAACUGCUAUCCCGAGUCCCGCUCGGUCAGUCUCUUCUUCUAGUCUUAAGCAGGACAAUAGUUUAGUAAGCCCACGCUCUCAAUCGCCAGCUGGUCUUCGGCGUGAACACAGUGACGUCACCAAACGUCGCGCACCGCCAAGUGUAAGACGGGAAAAAAGUGACAUUGUUCGACCAAGAGGCCAACUAAGAACUAACUCACCUACUGUGAGUAAUGAAAAUUUAGAAGGCGACAUAAGUAGGUCGUCAAGUAACAGAAGUUUAACUUCAAGUCCGUUGAGUAAAUCACCGUCAAAGAGUUCAAUUGAAGGCAGUCGAUCUCGUUCAGGGAGUAGCAGCGAGAUGUCGAAGAUUCCGUCUCUUGUUCGAUCGCCAGCAAGUGCUGGAAAAACAGACUCGCACGUUUCUCGUAUUCCUUCUCUCACGAAGAGAAACAACAGCGAAGAACGUACUCCUCCCAAGAGUAGGAUUCCAUCUUCAACUAAAGGCGACAAGGCUCAAGAAGUCGCCCAGAAGUCUCAGUUGCCCACAGCCGGCCGGAAAGACAGCGCCUCACAGAAGGACAAGGCGGCAAGCAAGAUUCCUUCAUCUGCAGCACUGUCACAAAACAGACCUGACUCAGCGAAAGAAAACAAAGAUCCUACCGCUGCAAGUGUGCCAAAUGGACAUGAACCAGUUAAACAAGUGAGCAAAAUCCCAUCUUUCUCCAAGACUGGCAUUCCCAAGUCGAAAAUUCCGUCUGUAGCACGAAAAGACAGCCGCAACGAAGAACACCCGGCACUGAACGGAGAAGGACAAACACAUUCUUCGGUAAUUCGUAGUCCAAGUGAUGCUACCAAGAGUAAGAUCCCAGGUGUGUCUUCACCCCCGCAAGGAACUGGCAUCCCAAUGGGUGUCAGCAGGAUCCCGUCAUUUACAAAGUCACCAUCAUCAAUUAAAACACCGGAAUCAAAGCAACCCAGCCCUGGAGGGUCCAAAUCUUCAGAACCAGACGGACCACCAGCAAACGUGUCACGCAUUCCAACGUUUCCUUCUACGCCCCCAAAUAGGACCCCUGAGUCAAAGGUUCCUGUUCCUGGAGGGUCCAAGAUUCCAGAACCUAAAGUCUCUACCAAGUCUCCGCCGAGCUCGUUACCAGUCGCUUCGAAGGCAAGUGGGAUACCAAAGCCGGGGGAAAGCAGGAUUCCUGGGUAUGCUGGCGAAAAAUCGACACGAAAAAUUUCAAGUACAGAAAAAGAGACUGUAGCGACAGGAUCACCAGUGGCUUCCUCGCCUGUGGAGACUAAGAGCAAAAUUCCUUCGCUUCCCAAGCAGACGGCGAUUUCUAAGCCAAACGGAAACGAGCAAACUGCUUCCAAACCUAGAACUGGUAUACCAACGCUAGGUGGGAAGCGACCCUCUAUCGAUCAAGACUCACCAAGUCAGGAGGAACCUGCCACUCCUCCAAGCACACCGAUUCGCGAGAAUUUCUCUUCAGAAUCGCCCUUAGAUAAAUACAUUUUCACCGAGGCUAAGAAAAUGGAACAGCUUCUGCGCGAUGAACCCAUUGAGGUAUCGGUACCGGCGGAAGAUUUCGACGACGACGACGAGGAAGAGUUUCUGCGCCAAGAAAAAGAAAUUGAAGAAGAAGAAGAGAAAGAGCACGAGAAAGAACUACACAUGUUGGACUCAAAAGAAGCCGAGGACUUGAUCAGCGAAGUUUUGAAAAGUUAUGCUCCUGACAUUAACAAAGAAAACCAGCCAGAACUGGAAGAGGUUUCUACUGUGAAAGAUGACAACAGAAACUUUAAAGAAAUGGUGAAUAUUGAUGACAUCGUGCCAAAACCAACCAAAAGCGAAAAUGAGCUGCCGACAAAAUUAGAGGUGAAGGAAGAGAAGGUAGAUAACGCCCUCAGCGAAAUUAAAGUUGAUUCGAAGGAAGUGAAGGAGAAUGGCAUUGCAGAGACAAGGAAAAUAGCUGAAGUCCAGGAAGAGAAGGCCAAGAAAUCAGAAGGCAAGAAUAACGUACCAGACCUUAAAAUUGCCAUUCCAACCGAAAAGGUGGUUGAAAAUGAGAAGGAAGAAAAAGUCGAGAAAGAAGCACCAAAGAGCGAAGGGCCUGCAAUUGAUACGUUGGGUGAAUACGCCCAGCAGGCCAGGCGGUCGCGCAGUCGGCAGCGAAAAAUUGUAAGCCCUGAUUCAGAAGAACCCGAGAAAGAAUUUGUGGCGGAAUCUGUGAAAGAAGUUGAAAAAGAACUUGAAAAGCAAACACCUAAGGAAUCAGAGAACAGUACGCACAAAGAGCAGCCCAAAAAGGACAUCAAAAAGGACAAAUAUGGGACAGCUCCCUUUGAAAGCGAGAAGAAACCUAAAGAAGCUUCAAAAUCGGCGAAAUCAAAAUUGAAGAGCGACAAGCCGAAAUUUCUCAUUGAGUCGUCGCUGGGAAAAGAUUUCUACGCCACUCGGAAAUCAAAUGAGAGCAUGGAGUCGCGAGACAGCGUGCAUGAUGAUGUCGUGAAAUCCUCAUUCAAACCUGAACUGUCCGCUCUUGUAUUCGAAAAUAAGGUUGUUGAAAAACCCUUGACAUUAAAACGGACAGAGGUGCCUUCAGUUGAAGAAGCCGUCAGUUUGGAGGAGGCGGAGUUUGAAGACGUUGACUUGAGGUCAGAGCAAGCAUUAAAGAAUGAACGGCGUGAAAUUUCAAGGAGUGUAGAUACACUUGACGAAAAGACUGUGAAAUGCAUGUGUGGACGAGGCGGCAAAUGUUCUAUAAUGUAGCGAGGAAAAACAACUGAACAGUGUGAGACAUUCAGUUCUUUUUCUUGUAUAUUUAGAGCUCAAUUACAAUGUGAAAAGUGUUACAGAGACGAUUGAAUCACCUUCACUUUUAAUUCAAAACUUAGUUGCAUAUCUUCGUGUUGGUGUUUGAAGAUGACUAGGUUUAGCAUGAGUUUAUACUUAACAUUUACUAUUAAAAUUCUGUAAUCAAC